AUGGGUGGUAUCUAUGCUCGUGGUCUCUCCUACGUAACCAUUCGGAUUGAAGGUAUUCUCAAAUUUUCUGACAAUUUUUUAGAAUGGCCCCGUGAUCCUCACACUCAUCAAGUUCGCGACUGUUUUUAUUUUGAACAAUUGAACCAUGUCACUUUCACCAGUUUACAGUCUACAGAUAACAAAGGGGUCAUUGAUGGUUCAGGUAAUCGCUGGUGGGGUCUCGUGGAAUACUUAGUUAUUCGUGGUAAUCGACCCCGUUUACUGGUGAUCUAUAAUUCCACCAAUCUUUUGAUCGAAAACCUACUGCUGAAAAACUCUCCCAAAUGGACAUUUUAUGCCAAGGAUGUUGCCAAUUUGGAAAUUCGUUAUACGGAUGUGGAUGCGCGCAGACGUCCGGAUGUUCACUGGCAUGAUCUAAAUGAAUUGACUGCUUUUAAUACGGAUGGAUUUGACGUGUCUGGUACGAAUGUGUGGAUUCAUGAUUGCAACAUUUGGAAUGACGACGAUUGCAUUGCAGUGAAACAACAGGAUUCAAACAGUAUUCAGUCAUCGUGCAGUGAAAAUAUGUUAUUUGAACGUAUCAACGCCUCAGGCGUGGGUUUGACAAUUGGUUCUAUUGGUCCCUUCGAAGCUCAUUCAUGUGUUCGUAACAUUACAUUUCGUAAUUGUACUAUGUAUAACACCUUUAAAGGAUUUUAUCUGAAAUCACGCCCAGGAGAAGAGGGACAUACUGGUGAAAUCAGUGAUGUUCUCUAUGAAAAUAUCCAAAUUAAUAAUGUUUCCCAAUGGUCGAUAUGGAUUGGACCACAACAGGCUGGCUUUAAGGGGGCUUGUUGA